AUGGACUCUUUCAAUCGUAUCCUCAUCAUCGGUGCUGGAAUCGGUGGUCUUGCACUGGCCCAGAGUCUGAAACGAGCAAACAUACCUUUCACCGUCUUUGAACGAGAUGACAGGCUCGAUUCCAGACUUCAGGGAUACAGGCUCAAGAUAGCGGGKCCCAUGCAAGCAAGAGUACGAGAAUUGUUAACUGACGAGGCAUGGGCCAAGUUUAAGGAUGUUUUAGCUGCCAGCGCAGAGGGUGAGAUGACGCUAAGCGCAACAAGCGGCAGCAUCAUAGCCUCGCGUCGCGAUCGUCUACGUCCUGGCACUCCACUUCCUUGGACAGUGGACCGGGGGAUGUUUCGUACUGCAAUGAUGACAGGGAUCGAAGACUCUGUGCUAUUCAGCAAACAGUUUGUUAGAUAUGAGCUGGAAGACCACUGUGUUAAGGCAGUGUUUGCUGACGGCUCGGUCGAACGUGGUUUGCUUCUGGUUGGGGCGGACGGCAUACGAUCGGUGGUGAGAAAGCAAUUACUCCCUGAGUAUCGCUUUGCAGAUACUGGAAGCUGCUGCAUCUACGGCAAAACAUAUAUCACACCUGAGCUGAGUGAGCGGUUCCCGGCGCUGCGAAUGCGAUGGUUUACGGCUAUCCUAGACUCGACUCCGGUUUUACAGAGUAUAAUAUUCGGAGAACGUCCAUUCUCAAUGAUAGUAGAGCCAGUCCUGUUCAAUCGGAACAGCGAACAGUCUGACCUUCCAAAAGACUAUAUUUAUUGGGGUCUUAUUUUCAGUCGAGAUGCAAUUCCGCUCGAUGAUGCUGCACUUGAUGAGGCUUUGCGUUCUCAACCCGCACAAAUCACGCUUGAUAUGACCAGUGAAUGGCACUCGUCAACCCGCUCGCUGUGUGAACUACAGGAGCAGUCCCUGGCUUCUGGUAUGAGAGUCUAUACCGCCAGUCCAAAUAUGGAAGAGUGGGCACCAUCUUCUCGAGUGACGCUGCUUGGUGACGCGAUACACACCAUGUCGCCAGCUGGAGGUGUGGGUGCCAUGGCUGCAUUGCAUGAUUCUGCUACACUGGCUGAAAUCAUUCACAAGGACGGCGUCUCGGAGAGCUCAAUAGGGAACUAUGAGACGAGAAUGAGAGAUUUCUCAAACGUGUGUAUUCAACGAAGUUUUCGGGGCGGGGGKCGAUUAUUGAACACGCCUGCUUUUGAGAACUGUUCACUCGUGGAUGUAUAA